GUCGUGCUCCCUCGGGAAAGGAGAGAUUGGUUAGGCGGCGGCAGCGGUGGCGGCGGCAGGAAAGCAGCGGGAGCGGCGGCGAUGGUGGCGAGGUGUUGGGUCUGCGCAGCAUAGAAACGCCCGCAGCUUCGGGGAAGGAGUUCCUUUGGUAUCAAACUAGGCAUUCUGAACCCAAGCCCAGUGAGCUGGGCCGACCUGGGCGCUGCCGCUGGCACAGUUUUGGCGGUGGUGACAGACGCAGCUCCCGACUACGGGGGCCUGUUAAGGCCGAGACUGAGACGCCGAUCACUGCCUCUCGACACAUCCUCUUCUCCCCUCCCACCUCCCGUCUCCCUUCCCGGGCCAGGGCUCUCCCAGACCCUGGGAAGAGGGUGGCUAAUGAUAAAGGGACCUCUUCAACCAAAAAGAACAGACUGGGGAAAAGAAGCUAAGGCCUUCCUUAAAGCUUCCCAUGUCUCAAUGGACUCCUGAAUAUAACAAACUCUAUACCUUAACAGUGGAUAUGAAGAGUGAGAUUACUUCUGAUGCGCCAAAGACACAGGAGAGUCUGAAAGGGAUCCUCUUGCAUCCAGAGUCCACUGGGGCGGACAAAACUUUUCCUGCAGAAGUUGAGAUGAUUAAUAGUAAAGUGGGGAAUGAAUUCUCUCAUUUGUGUGAUGAUUCUCAGAAACAAGAGAAGGACAUGAAUGGUAACCAACAAGAGCAAGAAAAAAGUGUUGCUGUGAGGAAAAAACGCAAAAGCCAGCAGGCUGGCCCUUCAUACAUGCAGAAUUGUGUUAAAGAGAACCAGGGAAUAUUAGGAUUGAGGCAACACCUAGAAACACCAAGUGAUGAAGAUAAUGAUUCCUCUUUCAGUGAUUGUCUUUCUUCUCCUUCAUCUAGUCUGCAUUUUGGGGAUUCUGAUACUGUGACUUCAGAUGAGGAUAAAGAAGUCACUGUAAGACAUUCCCAGGGAAUACUGAAUGCUCAAAGUAGAACUCACAGUGCGCCAUCACAAAAGUGGCCUUGCACUGAGACCGAAUCAGUUUCAGGAUUGUUAAUGAAAAGACCCUGUUUUCAUGGCAGUUCGUUAAGGAAACUUCCCUGCAGAAAGAGGUUUGUGAAAAAUAAUGCCUCACAGAGGACACAGAAACAGAAAGAGAGGAUAUUAAUGCAGAGGAAGAAACGAGAAGUGCUAGCUCGAAGAAAAUAUGCAUUGCUCCCUAGUUCUAGUAGUUCCAGUGAGAAUGACCUCAGCAGUGAGUCCUCUUCCAGCUCAUCAACUGAAGGAGAAGAUUUGUUUGUUUCUGCCGCUGAAAACCACCAGAACAAUCCAGCGGUUCCCUCAGGAAGUAUUGAUGAAGAUGUAGUGGUGAUAGAAGCUUCCUCCACUCCCCAGGUCACUGCCAAUGAAGAAAUUAAUGUUACCUCAACUGACAGUGAAGUAGAGAUUGUGACAGUUGGAGAAAGCUAUCGGUCUCGUUCAACCCUUGGACACUCCAGAUCUCCCUGGAGCCAAGGUUCAAGCUCUCAUACGAGUCGGCCACAGGAGCCAAGGAACCGCAGCAGGAUUUCUACUGUUAUUCAGCCUUUGAGGCAGAAUGCAGCAGAAGUUGUGGACCUUACUGUUGAUGAAGAUGAACCUACUGUAGUACCAACCACUUCUUCAAGAAUGGAAUCACAGACUACAAGCACUUCCAUUAACAACAAUUCAAAUUCAUCUACCUCUGAGCAGGCCUCUGAUGUUGCUUUGGCUGUCACUAGUACCCAACCCUCCACGGUGUCAGAGAUGUCAGCUCCUCUUACAAGCAAUAGUAUGACUGGUACUUCUAUAGGAGAUGACUCGAGGAGAUCUGCAUCUAGUGCUGUAACAGAAACGGGCCCUCCUGCAAUGCCAAGGUUACCUUCCUGCUGUCCCCAGCACUCGCCCUGUGGAGGGUCGGCACAGAACCACCAUGCAUUAGGACACCCGCACACAAGCUGCUUUCCGCAGCAUGGCCACCAUUUUCAACAUCAUCACCACCACCAUCACACUCCCCUCCCAGCUGUUCCUGCCUCUCCCUCCUUUACUGAUCCUCCUUGCCCUGUGGAAAGGCCUCCGCAGAUACAGCCACCCUGUGCAGCAAACAGUGGUUCUGGUACCAGCUACCACGACCAGCAGGCAUUGCCAGUAGACCUGAGCAACAGUGGCAUCAGAAGUCAUGGAAGUGGUGGUUUCCAUGGAGCAUCUGCAUUUGACCCCUGCUGCCCUGUUUCUUCUUCCCGAGCUGCAAUUUUCAGCCGUCAGGCUGCUGCUGCCCCAAGUCAGCCAUUCCCGAUAGAUGGUUAUGGAUCAAGCAGGGUUGUGCAGCCUCAGCCCCAGCCCCCACCACAAGCCUCACUCUCAUCAGGUCAACAUUAUAGGCCACAUCCUGAUGCUUCCUUGACAAGACCACUUCAUCAUCAAGCCUCUGCCUGCCCACACUCUCAUGGAAACCCCCCUGCUCAGACUCAGCCUCCACCUCAAGUGGAUUAUGUUAUUCUUCCUGUACAUGCUUUCCAUUCUCAAAUACCUUCUCAUGCAACAUCUCACCCCGUGGCAGCCCCGCCCCCAACUCAUUUAGCCAGUACAGCCGCACCAAUCCCUCAGCAUCUUCCUCCCACACACCAGCCAAUUGCACAUCAUAUUCCAGCCACUGCACCUCCAGCACAGAGACUUCAUCCUCACGAAGUGAUGCAGAGGAUGGAAGUUCAAAGAAGGAGGAUGAUGCAGCAUCCAACGUGGGCACAUGAGCAACCCCCACCUCACCCGCACAGGAUGCACCCAAACUAUGGCCGUGGCCAUCAUAUUCAUGGGCCUCAGACUAUGUCCUCACAUCCUCUACAGGCUCCAGAGAGAUCUGCCUGGGACCUGGGAAUUGAAGCCGGAGUGACUGCAGCUGCUUAUACACCUGGAGCUUUGCCUCCCCACUUGGCCCAUUACCAUGCACCACCUCGACUUCAUCACUUACUAUUACUAGCUCUUCCUUUAAUGGAACUGAUACAUUUGGAAGAAAGAUUAGGAAAUGUCAAUCGUGGAGCAUCCCAGGAGACAAUUGAAAGAUGUACAUAUCCACAUAAAUACCAAAAGGGGGAACUGCACUGCCAACAAGAUGGCGAAGAAGCGAGUAAGAAAGACCCAGAGGAGAAAUGUACUAUCUGUUUGUGUAUUUUAGAGGAAGGUGAAGAUGUGAGACGUCUUCCUUGUAUGCAUCUUUUCCACCAAGUAUGUGUUGAUCAAUGGCUGAUUACUAAUAAGAAGUGCCCCAUAUGCAGAGUGGACAUUGAAGCCCAGCUGCCAAGUGAAAGUUGACACCGUGUUUCAGAACUGUUGCCCUCCCUCUCAUUCCCACCCCCCAGGUACUGCAGUCAACCAAAAUGGC